AGCUCGAGGGCUCAUGGGGUUGCUCAUCCUCCAAUUGAAGACGCUAGCCAUAUAUAAGAUGGCUGGCGUGCACAUAUCAAGUGUGAAAGAACAACUCUACUUCACACAUUUACAAAUCUCUUUCUCUCUCUCUCUCUCUGCAAUCCACUCCACUCAUCUCCAUGGCUCCAUGAACUCAAGAAGGGAUCAGUUGCUCCCCAUACCUACCCAAGAUUGCCCAAGUCUGCAACCACGGGAGCAUACGUGUAUCUCUCUCCCUCCAAGAACGUCUCCUACAUUAAUGCCGACGGUGCCAAUGGCGGUGCCGCCGCGCACCUCCAUCGACUCCCUCAUCUCCUUCCUCCACCACCACCUCCGCGCGCUCCUCGCCGACCCCGCCGCGCUCCACGCCGCGCGCCGACGCAGCCUCGCGCUGCUCGCUCCUCCCCCGCGCCACCGCCGCUAUGCUCACUCCUCCGACGAGCAGGACGACGCCGCCGUCCUCGCAGCGCUCCACGGCGCCAUCGACGCGUUCCUCCUCCCGGCCUCCGUCGACGGCGACGCGGCCUGCUGCCUCGCGGGCGUAGAGGAGGCGCUGCAGGCACCGGCGCUGCUGCCGGAGCACGGCGAGACGGCGGGGCUGGACAACCGCGGCGUCGCGGCGUGCGCCUACUUCUACCUGGCGCUCGUGCGGUCCGCGCAGGGGGACGCGUGGCAGAGUGCCAUGCACUUCCUGCAGGCCGUCGCCGUGUCCCCCGCCGCGGUGGCCGCCGGGGACGUCGAGCGCGGGCUCGCGCCGCGCGCGCUCUGGGAGGGGCUGUUCGACGAGGCCGUCCUCGCCAGGGCUGGUGGCGCCGGCGAGGAGGACGCGGUGCGGCGCGCGGCCAGGCGGUACAAGGACUGGCUCAUGUACUACAAGGUGGUGGCCGGCGCGGGAAGUGGCGGGUGUCUUCAGUUAGGAAGAUCGGGAAGCUCUGUCGUUCGGCGAUGGCCGAAUUUUUCAGAGGAUAGGACAACCCGAUCGGUUGAUCAUGAAGGAAUGAGCACAGCCUCCACAUCGCACGGUGCUCAUGAUGGUUUCACUGAGCUGAAGGAUUUUCUCAGCAUUGCAGAUGAAGAUUAUCAGGAAGAUACCAAAGGGAGCUAUGACAGCAGGUGCCUCCAUGAGAUGCUUGAGGAGUCCCAGUCUGAUUCGCCUGUUUCCUUCUACUCACAUCUUGAUUCUAGUGAAGAAAGUGACAGUGAGGUAGCUCAAUAUAACAAAGGCAGGUCAGCAAAGAUCAUGCCAAUCGACGCAGAUUUCUCGUCAGCUACACUCCAUGAAAGAUCAAGCCACAACAAGAAUCUUACAUGGUGCACAUCUCCUGAAAAUGCGAUGAUAUAUGCUCCGGAAUCUCCUAUGUACCACGUCAAUGACCACGAGAUGAAACCAAACUACUUGCAGUCAAACAGAUCACACGGCUCACUGAAUAAUCUGUCAAAUUCGGUCCUAGGAUUGAAGAGCGCAGAUUCAUACUCCACAUCCAACUAUUCCGCCAAGGAUGACAUGUUUCCACAAUGCUCACCACGGAAUGAUCUCAGAUGCUUCAGCAACUUCUCAACCAAAUUCAUCAAGAAAAGUGCUCUGUCCGACCUAGUUUCCAGAGGAAGCAUGAGCAGGAAAUUCAAGACUUCCGCAACCAGUGAGAACUGGAGCAACGCCAGCUCGCUCUGGGGGAAAGACAGUCAGGCAGAUUUUAUUGAAAGGUUUGAGAAGGCGGUAUCGAAACUAUUGGUUUCAGAUGGACUAGAAAGCUGCCUAGAUGCUGGCUCUGAGGUCACAACUAUAUGGCAGUUACUGAAUAACACUUCUGAGAUCAGACACAAAUCAUCAGUAAGGCAAGACAUCCUUGACCAAUUGCUUGAUAGCAUUUCCACGUCUAAAAAGGAUAAAGUGAUCAGGGCAUCAGUAUAUGUACUGCUGCUUAUGAUAUCUGAAGAUAGGAAUGUAAUGAGAGGCAUCAAGAGGAAGGACUUUCAUUUAUCCAAUUUAGCCAUUGCGUUGAAAAGAGAUGUGCAUGAAGCAGCCAUUCUGAUAUAUUUGUUGGAUCCUACACCUUUAGAGAUAAAAAACUUGGAUCUGUUACCCACUCUUCUACAUGUUGCCUGUAACUCAGAUGCCCAAAAAUGGCCUACAUUGCUUCCACUGACACCGACAUCAGCAUCAAUUGCUCUCAUUGAGAUCUUAGUGACGGCAUUUGACUAUGUAACAAACAAUGUCCACUUGGCUGCCCUCAGCUCUCCUCCUAUUCUGUCUAAACUUGUUGAUGUUGCGAAGAACAACAACUUGGAAGAAGGUGUGGCCCUGGCAGCUAUUCUCGUCAGGUGUGUUCGACUCAAUGGUAACUGCAAAAAGUUCUUGUCACAGGCUACUCCAGUGGACCCAUUCCUUCACCUUCUCAGACGAAAAGGGCAACGUGCCAAGUGCGCUGCACUUGAAUAUUUCCAUGAGAUUCUUCAGAUUCCCCGGUCCUCGGCAAACUGUCUGCUGCAAGAAAUACGACAUCAAGGAGGCAUUGCUAUUAUGCACACAUUGAUGGCCAGCCUCCAUCAAACUGAACUUGAACACCGAGUUUUGGCAGCUAACCUUCUCCUGCAGUUGGAUAUGAUGGAAAAAUCAGAUGGCAGGAGUGUGUUCAAAGAUGAAGCAAUGGAAGUCCUAUUGGACUCUUUAUCAUCUCAAAAAAACAGUCAAGUGCAGGCAUUAUCAGCAUCAUUUCUUUCAAACCUUGGAGGGACUUAUUCCUGGUCAGGAGAAUCAUAUACUGCUGCAUGGCUUGCAAAGAAAGCAGGUCUCACAUCAACAUCUCAUAGAAAUACAAUCAGGAACAUUGACUGGCUUGAUUCUUGCUUGCAGGAUACAGAAAUAAGCACAUGGAGCAGUAAAUCCGCACGUGCAAUUAUUAAAAUAGGAGUACCAGUUAUCGGCGCUUUAGCCAAAGGAAUGCAAAGCAAGGUGAAGGGAACCUCACAUGAUUGCCUCGUAUGCGCUGCAUGGCUCGGAAGCGAGCUGGCUGCCCUUGGUGAAAAUGACGUUAGAUAUUAUGCUUGUGAGAUCUUGUUACAUGACAUAGCAAGUCACCUGCAUCCAGGAUUUGAGCUUGAUGAAAGGGUUCUAGCAUGCAUGUGUCUCUAUAACUACACCUCUGGAAAAGGAAAACAAAUGUUGAUGAGCUUGUCAGAGGGUUCCCGAGAAUCUCUUAGGAGGCUGUCAUCAUUCACAUGGAUGGCUGAGGAGUUACUUCAAGUUACAGAUUAUUUUCUUCCCAACAAGCUACGUGUAUCAUGUGUACAUACACAAAUCCUGGAAAUUGGUCAACCUGGCAAUGGUGCAGCAACUGCUAUAGCAUUCUUCAGAGGACAGCUUUUUGCUGGUUAUUCUAAUGGCACCAUCAGGGUAAUGGCAUGGGACAUAAAAGGCCAAAGGGCAGUAAUCAUCAGGGAGGUAAAAGAGCACAAGAAGGCAGUGACUUGUUUUGCAGUAUCAGAAACUGGGGAAAACCUCUUGAGUGGAUCAGCUGACAAAUCUAUUCGGGUAUGGAAAAUGGCACAUCGCAAGCUUGAGUGUGUUCAGGUGAUUCAGAUAAGAGAGCCUGUGCAGAAGUUUGAUAUUUGCAGUGACCAAAUCAUCGUACAAACACAUAACAAUGUUCUCAAGUUCUCUUGUGCAUCGAGAAGCACCCAAACAUUUUACAGGAGCAAGCACGUCAAAUCUCUAGCUAUAUACCAGGGCAAAGCUUACCUUGGUUGCAGAGACUUGAGUAUACAGGAACUAGACACGUCAGUUGAAUCCAAGAUUGAGAUAAGGGCACCUACAAAAAGCUGGAGGAUCAGGAAACAAUCCAUUAGCUCCAUUGUUGUAUAUAAAGAUUGGAUGUAUUGUGCUGGUGCUCAAGUCGAAGGAUCCACCUUAAAGGAUUGGAAGAAACGAUGCAAACCUAAUAUGAAAAUGCCAAUAGCAAAGGGAACAAAUGUAGAGGCAAUGGCAGUGGUGGAAGACUUCAUCUACUUGAACUGCAGCAAAAACCCCAGUAUCAUUCAGAUAUGGUUGAGGGAGAAGCAGCAGAAAGUAGGAAGACUAUCUGCAGGUAGCAAGAUAACGAGCAUGUUUACCGCAAACGACAUGAUUUUCUGUGGUACAGAAACCGGGUUAAUCAAGGCAUGGAUUCCAUUGUGAAGACUACAGGCAAAAGGAACAGAAGAAGGAUUGAAAUUGUAAAUGAAAAGAAAAGAUAGAGUGUACAGGAAACAUGAAAAAGAAGCAAAACAUUGUAUAAGCUCUCAGGAAGACACAGCAGCGCACCUGGUAUAUUCGUGCACAAACUCCAAGUCCAAGAUCAGCAAAUUCUUCAAAGUAACUGGUAGCUUCAUAAUGUAAAUACUAAAUAGUGAGUGCAUUUUUCUUUUCUCUUUUGGAAGGGAUGGUGAUUGUGUAUGUUAAUAAACAGUAGAAUUAAUUUCUUAUAACUACACAUACUUGUGCAAAAUUAUCCUAGAACCGGACUUUUAAGAAAACAUAAUAUACUACCAUCUUUGUGGAUAUUAACACGGUCUCCAAAAUGUGAAUUUGACCACUAAGUUGUGUUGUAAUCUUAUGGAAGUACUUUUCUGAGACAAAUCCACCUAUAUGAUUUAAUAUUUCAAUACCAAAUAUUAAAUCUGACUU